UCCACACCGAGCCUGAACCGUGUAAAUGAUGUCACGUAGCGAACUGUCAAAGUGAGAUAUCGAAUGUUGAAAUGGCCGAGACAGAGAGCUAAAAUCUUAGUAAUUGCAAACACACAGGGCGUGUGUCAUUCAUUUUGCGUUACAACAACGAAGUGUUUUAUUUGUUUUUGGUCUCUGCAAUAGUGUACAAAGUGACUUUAUUUUCAGUGUUUGUUUUUAACUGUACAAAAAUUUAUAUAGGUUUUACGUACACAUCCCGCAUCAUUAGAUUUUUUUCAUAGUGUUGAAACUGUUGUUUUUGUCAUUAAUUAACAAAAUUUGUGUAAAUUUAUGGAAAAAUUGUUGUGAUUUUUGGGAAAAUUUGCAUUUUAAAAAUCAUAUGUGUGUUCCGUUGCUUAUCAUCACCACUCUUCGUCCCACUUGAGUUUGGUAUGUUGCAAUAUAGAGUAAUCCGUAAGCCAUCUUGUGCAUUCUACAUAGAUCUCUUAUUCAUCUUUAUUUUAUUUUUUGUCGUCGUAAUUGUGAUUUUUUUUCUCUGGUUAAAAUGCAUCAUCAGAAUGAAGGGAAAAAAAUGAGCGUUUGAUAUUAUUAGAAUUAUGAUCAAAUGUCAUAUGGUCAAAUUGAAGGUAAAAUUGGAAACAACACGUCGAAUGAGUGAAAUGAAAUUGAAAUGCUCCAAGCCAUACCAAAAAUAAACGCGAGAAAUGAUAAAAUAAUCGAACCGUUUAGUACACAAAUCGGCGGCUGGCAGGCAGGCAAAGUCGGCCGUAUAAUGUGUUGAUGACUCUUUCUCAUUCUCUCGAUAUGUGUGUGCGAAACAGAGAAAGACAGGGAGUUAGAGCGUGUGUGUUUGUGUAAUAUGUGUGAUUCAUUACGCAUACGGAACAUUCGGUGUGUGUAUGUGUGUGUGCGUGUGUGUCAUUCGCAACAAAACGGAUAUAUGAAACCUAAAAAUCUAAAAACCUCAAACACAACACCUUUGCUACACAUUUCAUAUUUGCAGACGAGAUAACAUCAAAAACUCGACAUAAAUAAGCUUUCGCGCCUAUUGGCGGGUACUUAUACCAACUAACAAACGCAAACGCGGUGAAAAUGACGUGAACGAGAGAAGAAGAAAAAAGUAGAUGAACAAAUCCGAACAGAAAAAUACAACAAACUUAUUGAAAGUCUCGAAUGGUUUAAAAAUAGAAUCCUGUUGUAGGCAAAAGGAAAUGAAAUAUGUAAACUUCAAACAAACCAGUCAGUCGAUUGGCACUAUAAUAAGACACCGAAUCCAUUCAUACACACAGACCUCGGAACCAUCAUUUUCAUACAUUUAAAAACAUACAGUUAUUCCGUACGGGCAAGGAGUCGUGGAGCGCCAAAGUCAUUUUUCUUCUUCUUUUUCUUCAUCAUCAUCGUUUUCUUCCAUUUUCUCUCGGUCUUUAUUUAUUUUCAUUUUGAAUAUUCAGUGUUAAUGUAUGUGUGUGUGUGUGUAUGGAUAUACACCGUUUUGAUUUUACUAUGAAAUAGGUAUUACACACAUUUGGGCAUUCCAAAAAUUUAUAUUUUUCACUGACGCAUUUCAUUCUGGGAAUCGAUACAUCAAUCACGAUGCCCGUUCAGUAUGAUUAGGCGAGGCGGUGUUCGGCUUAACACCGAAAUCGAUUAGCUUGAGAGUGAAAAUAUGUGUGUGAGAAAUGAACCCCAAUGAUCUCAUUGUAUAAUUAUGACAAGUGAACAAAAUAUAAUGAGCAAAAAUAGCCGACUAAAACAAUUCAUUACAAUGUAAUGAACGUUCCUCUGUUGUGCGUUCUUUUUUCAUAUAAUUUUAUGCCAACGAAUAAUGCCCACAUUGCAAAAUGUACACAAAACGAUUGUACAAUUUAUAUUUUAUACUUAAUUUUUUUUCAAUGGAAUACGCACACAUACACAAACAUACCCACAUCGAUAUCUCAUACACACAUACAUACAUACAUACAUGCACACAUAAGCAUACUCUUGCAAACACACACACACACACAUACAGCCGUAGUACAAUUGUGUGUAUUCCCUGGUAAAAUCGAUUUCUUAACUAGUCUAUUCUCAGUCGAAGUUGGCUUGCAAUCGCUUGUGUUAAGUGUUCAUUAAUGAAUUUAAAGAAGAAAAAAACGAAGAUAAAAGAUAUAACGAAAUACAACACACAUUUUGCCACAGCCAAUAUACAUGUAAAAUUCGUCGAGGUGUGAUUUGUUUUGUUUUGAUUCUUUUUUUUCUCUGUUAACAUAAUUCUCCGAAAUCGGCUGUUGUUAUUUCAUUUCCAAGCUGUCAGCAAGGUUGCUGCUUCUUGUUUCUUGUGUGUAUUAUUAUCAUUUUUUUUAUUGUUGUUGUUCUACCUUGUUCUUGCUUCGUUAUUCAAUUUUUUCGGUGAAUUCAAAAUAGUAUGUAUUUCUUGUUUUAAGCAUUUGCUAUUUUGAUGCUUGUGUCAAAGUAACGAAAAAAAGCGAACGUCGAUUGACUCUUCUGGUUCCGCUAUAUUAUACAUGUUUGUCGCAGGUAUUUGAUUUUAAGCAGCUAAUUACAUUCUUUUUUUCGGUGCGUUUACAUUAGUUUUUUUUUCCUUUUUCGAUCGUUUGUUUAUUAGUGGUGUGUGUGUGUGUGUGUGUGUUUGAGUAUGUGUUGGUAGUACGUGUGCAUUCAACUUCCGAAAAUCAUUCUACCGAUGUGCCGAUGGAUUUGAUUGUCAGGAAUAAAAACGAAAAUGAGCCUUCUGACAUUUUUCAUUUUAUCGCCCAUAUGCGUGCGUGUGUAUCUUUUGUAAAUGCGCACAGAUUGCCAUUUUUUCGCUCUCUCUCUCUCUCUCUCUCACUCUCGCUCUCUCUCCGUUUCCAAAUCAAUGCUAGUAAUAAACUUAACUGCUUCAUUCAUAGGAAUGGAACAGAGAAUGAAUAAAGAAAAGAAAAAAAAACAUAAACAGCUCAGAAAUUACAAAAUACGUGAUUGGUAUACAAUCGGUAAUGUGUUGGCUAUGCUAUGUGGUGUAGGAGGAAACUAGAAACAACGGAUGCUAUUUAAACAUAUUUAGAAACAUUUAGUAGUUUGCAUAUGCGAGUUUUCAUUAAAAUACCAUCUGUGGUAUUUGUUCCAUGCUCGGUUUCAUUGCGCUUCCGAGCGGUGCACAUUCAUAAUUUGUACCGAUACUGCUGCUGCUGCUAGGCAAACACGGUUUUGGCUUGGGACAUUUUCAAGCAGCCCAUAUUCAACAUCUGAAAGUUCGUCAAAGGCGCAUCGCCAAUUGCAUAUCGUCAUAAAGUCGUGACAGAGAAUAGAAACAAAACAGAAGAAGAAGACAAGAGAAGAAGAAAAAAAAAAAUGGUUACUAAGCGCGUCUUCUUUUCUUAUUGUGCUGUAGCCACGUGAAAUAUCGAUUUUACAUACAUCAUUAUCUUGUGCAUUUAAGCCGUUAACGUUACGUAUUCAUUUCGCCUUAUCGUUCAAUUUGCUCUUUUGAGUUUCAUCUUACUCUUUGUCUUCUUGCUUACAAUAUUCUCGCAUAAACAGCACUUUUUUCUGUUGUCAGCAUCAAUAAUGUCGCACGCGAGCGGCCACAUAAAUACGGGUCUCCCUCCGGUGAGAGUGUGUGUGUGUGUGUGUGUGUGUGUGUGUGUGUAUGUAUCUGUGUAUAUGGCACACAAAUGGCAAAUCGAAAACUUUGCGGCUCGGCAUCAAUCUCACCACUCUCGAUUGAUGUAAAGUGUAAAAGAGAGUGAAUUGGGAACAACACUCAUUAAUGAUUUGAUGUGACAACUUGGCACGCACGCACACACAUUACAGCCAAUCGGCUUAUUUGAGCCGCAAUUCACUCUUCGCCAAACGAAAUGUAAUAGACGAAAGAGAGAAAAAAAAAGAAUUAAAAUGCGACAUAUAGCAUGCUGCUCUCCACCCGAUUGACCAUUAAAUUUCUGUUUUGAAUUGUUUUAAUUUAAAAUAUGGCAUAAAAUUACUGUGCGCUGUAGCACAAACUAAUGAGACAUAUUUACAUGGAUACUAAUAUCAAUAGAUGUGUGGAUGUAGGCGGCGGUGGCGACAGCGAUGAAUACAACGGCAGGCAGUUGUAGCAUGCAAACAGAACAGAGAUAGAAAGAGAGAGAGCACCGAAUCACACACAUUUCGAUUCCACUGAAUAGAGAAAAACCUUGCAACAAAUUAUUCGAUUCACAGCAUCAUGUUCACCAAAUGUGUGAACCCAAUUUUGUUUUUCGUUUAAAUAGAUUUGUGUGUCUGGCACAUUUGAUGCCAAAGUAAAACCAUCAUGACGAUGUCUGACCAAUGUCCCGAUAUGCUCAACGCUUAACGCGCUCAUGUUUCAUUCAUUAUAAAUCCAAAAUUGAACCGUUCAGUCAGUCAAUAUGGAGAUUAUUUGUCUUUCAUUCGGGAGAGAUUGCCGAUAAAACGAAUGUCAUAAUCUAUUCGGUGCCUCAUUUGGCUUGAUCGUCAUUGGAAUGGAAUCUUGAAGUCGAUAUUCCGGUUCCGUGAUUGUUCGUUUCACAUGAGAAGCAUCUAAGAGCCCAGUAACGAUACCAUCAAUAUCAUCCCUCUCGAUGCUGCACAACCACCGAAAAUUGGUGUCUGUUUAUGUGGUUUCCUUCGAAUGUUACUUGUGCUGCAGCAGCAAGAUCACUGUCCAAUCAGGCAAUUCAUUUAAAACGAAAAGUUGAAUAAUUUAUUGGAUUUUUUGUUUGUUUGUCGGAGCGAUUUAAUUUAUUAAAAAAAUGGUUGGUUCGUUGGUUUAUCUUGUUCGUGUUUCAGUUAAUAGUUAAAGUGGCUCCGAACUACAUUUAUAUUCAGUUUCAUAUAUGUAUAUAGAUAGGGAGCACACCGAAUGCGAGAGUACAAAACAGAGUGAAAAAAAAUGAUAUUAUUACAUAAAAAUACAAAUGCCCAAUUUAUUAAGAUACAUACAAGUAUUUAUACAGCAUCAUUUGCGAGAUAGGCGCAUGCGCCCCACCACAUCCAUUUUCGCCAUCCAUGUAUUUGCUUCCAACCAUAAUUAAGAUGAUAUUCGAGAGUGAAAUAGCCGAAUGUGAACGUAUCAUAAUAAACUGGCUACUGGCAAUGAGAGAGCGUCUCUCAUUUUCUUUCUCUCUCUCUCUCUCUCUCUCUCUCUCUCUCUCUCUCCCUAUCUCUCUCUCUCUCGCUCGCCAACCUCUCAUUCAACCACACCGACCGUGUGUGUGCUUUAUCGAACGACAGAAAUUUUACCAAUUCACAUACAAUGUACCCAAUAUAAUAUAUUUUUUUCAGCAACAAAAACAUUGUAUUUGGAUUUGGUUGAAAAGCAUUGAAAAGAGGAGACAGCGUACAUAAAACAGCAACGGCCAGAGAAUGGCAGCGGUGGCGGCGGCGGCGGCGGUGGCGGCAACAGAAAAAAAGUAGCAUCGUUCUAUCCAUUUUUGGAAAAACGCCGAACAAAAAGAGAGCAGAGAGCCAAAGAACAAUUCUUAUUACAUAUUUGUCAAACUAUGCAUGGCGCCAAAGUGUCGCGACUUCGCAACCUAUGUACUAGGAUUUUCGGCGCUAGCUGUAAUUUAUUUUGUGUAUGCUCCCCACAAAUAGACGCAAGCAAAGGUUAUGAUUAUGAUUUCGAUGCCAUUAGAAUACAAACAAUAAAUCUAUGCAUUCUGCUCUCACCCUAUCUGCUUUUGUCAAAAAGUUUUUGGUGCGAUAGCAGUACAUGAGCGCGCGUAACAUAAGCUGAAGCCCAUAAGAUGCUUCUGUUUUUGGCUUUACACGAGGGAUCUCUAAACACACUCUCCCCGAUCAAAUUUAUGCAAAUAUUGUUUUAGUGUUUGAAAAAAAAGAGAGAACGAAAACAGAAAAAAAGCAUACACAUAAAAUGAAAAACUUUGCGAGAUGAGGAAAAAAGAGAUUCGUAGAUAAAUGGAAACAACAGAGCAUUGAGUCGUCGAAGAGGGUUAAUGCUACACAUUGUCAGCCCCAGUAGUUAGCGUUCCAUUAAUGAAUAUAUGGAAUCAUAAUUUGCAGGAAUCUGACAAAUUCUUUCAUUAAUAAAUCGCGUUAUAAAUACUUACUCCACUUUACAAAUUACGCGCUCUCUCACUCUCUUUGUGUAUCUUUCAUUCAAUGCGGUGGGCUUGACCGCGCUUAAUUACUAUGGCAUUUUAGGAAUGCAUGCAAGCAGCAAAUGGGAACGCGGCAUAAGUAUAAAUAGCGUAUGGAAUGUACACUUUGCACUGUACACUUGGCAGUGAAAUGAAUUAAAACCAAAGUUAUCAGAGUUCAGUUCAGAGUUCAAAAUCGAAGCGAAAAAUGUCGGCCGAGAAUAUCGAGAGACAAACAGAAGGCAUGCAAUGCAUGCUCCGAUGCCACUGACUGUAUAUUCAAGAAACGUUCUCUCUCUCUCUCUCUCUCUCUCUCUCUCUCUCUAUCUCUCUCUCUCUCUCUCUCUCUGUGUGUCGGCUUGAAACCGCAUGCAUCCAAAUAUAAUGGUUUAAUUUGUUUUGUUUGUACUUCUGAUUUGUUAUUCAUCGAAUGAAUGAAGUGAUCGGGUGAAUUUGUAGCAUUUUCGCCAUCUUUGAUAUGCAAAACAUCAUCAUUUCAAUUACUUACUUAAUGUGCUGACUGUCUUUUUCUCUUGCUCUUGCUCUCGCUCUCUCAUAUUCUUAAGUCCCCCCAAGUUCAAUGUAAUUGGAAUAACCGAACAAGUGAUGGUUAAUUUGAAAUUAAACAAUUAAUAGAUAAUCAAACCUGAACCGAGUGGAAGUCGCUCGGCAGGCAUCCAGUGUGCUAUAUUUUUGUGUUAAGUCGAUGCCUGUUUCUUUGCUUCUUUUGUACAUAGAUGUAUGCAUACGUAUGGGUAUUGCUUGAUUAUUCGUCGAAUGGAAUGAAUGGCAAAUGGCAAUGAUUUUUUUUUUUGGGCCGAGGGGAGGAAAUCAAGCAGAAGCUGUUCAAGAAAAAUCAAAGAAUAUGAUUUGUCAAAAGAUACCAUUUCAAAUGAAUUCUCGGAUUAAAUAAUCGAACGUAAUGGGUUUUUAUAUCAUACUCCUGAUACACAUAUCCAAUGUAUACAGAAUCAAAGCCAAAUGUUCACAGCAUCCUAUGCCAUAGGAUGUGUGAUGGCAGCAAUUUUCACGCAGCCGUACUGUGGCCGUUCUCGGUUUCGAAAAAAGAGGAAGGACACAAAGCGAAGCAUCGCAGCAUCGCACAUUUCAAAUAAACAUAGCCAUAAUGUACCGUUUCACCAAUUCCCCCUUUUUUUGUCGUCGCUCUUUCUCUCUGUGUGUGUCGUUCCCUCUCCGUCUCAUCGAAUGCAAAAAGAAACCGAGAGAGAGUGAGAUCCCUGUUGUCAUCGCAAUGCUAAUGAAACUGUAUGUGGUGUGCACAUAAAAUGAUGCGUCAAAAUUACCAAAAAGGGGAAAUAUCCUGUGGAAAUAAAAGCCCCCGAUAGAAAAUACACUUUGAUAUUUUGCCGACUAUCAUCCUUAGAAACACGUCAUUCUAGGCCUAACCGUUCAAGUGAAUAGACACGGAAUUCGACGAGCUCCGCGACUUUUCACAAAAAUAAAAUAGAAAAUAAAAUAAAUUUUUAUCUUUAACAAGAACCAGAAAAAAAGGGAAAAGAGAAAAAAAGGAAAACAUUUCUGUUUAUAUCACAAAGUGUUUGGCUUGUUCAGUUUUAAUAAUUCCAUGGAACUUGGAACAUUCACAAUCAUUUCACACGAAUAAUCAACAACGAUUUAUAAGUUGUGAACAAUUAUUUCGUUCAUUUCUUUUGGAAAUGCAUCAAAUUCAUUUUACAAAAUUCAGCAUAAAAAUUAUUUCGCAUUUUCGACGAAAUCAUGAAAUUAAAUCAGAUUUUUUAUAGAAUUUUUACCAAAUUUAAAACGUAACUUUAACGCGAUAAACAGCGAACGAUAAAAUAAAGUGCGUAAAAAUGUGAACCAUCGAGUGGAAUCGAUUUAAUAAAAGGCACAAAUGGCUACGCUAUCGCUGAAAAUUAGCCUUGAAGGUGGUGCUGUCACUAAAACCAUUCAAUUCGAUCCACAAAUCUCCGUAUUCGAUGCAUGCAAGAUAAUUCGAGAGAAAUUUGCCGAAGCCAUCCAAGGGAAACCUUCCGAAUAUGGUCUAUUUUUGUCGGAUGAUGAUAACAAACAAGGUGUUUGGUUAGAAUCGGGUAGAAAUUUAGGCUAUUAUUUGCUUCGCAAUCAUGAUGUGCUUGAGUAUCGUCGAAAAUUGCGUACGCUACGUGUUCGCAUGUUGGAUGGUGCGGUGAAAACAAUUUUGGUCGAUGAUUCACAACCAGUAUCUCAAUUGAUGGUCGUGAUAUGCACAAAAAUCGGAAUCACAAAUCACGAAGAGUAUGGGCUGGUGCGCGAGGAAAACGAUCAACAAAAUGAAAAUUUACCGGACAAUAAAACGGGCACAUUGACGCUGAGACGGAAAUUUGCGGAAAAAGAUCGUGAUGCCAAAAUGGAAAGUUUGAGGAAGAAAUUGAAGACGGAUGAUGAAAUUGUUUGGGUGGACACAGGGAAAACAUUACGUGAACAAGGCAUCGAUGAAUCCGAAACCGUUUUAUUGAAGCGUAAAUUCUUCUUCUCCGAUCAAAACAUCGACUCAAGAGAUCCAGUACAACUGAAUCUAUUGUAUGUUCAAGCACGUGAUGCCAUUCUCGAUGGCACUCAUCCUGUAACGCAAGAAAAAGCUUGCGAAUUUGCCGGUAUUCAAGCGCAAAUCCAGUUUGGCGACUACAUCGAAAGCAAACACAAACCGGGAUUCCUAGACCUGAAAGAGUUUCUGCCGCAAUCGAACGCUCGUGUCAAAAAUAUCGAGAAAAAAGUGUUUGCUGAACAUCGAAAACACAUCAGUUUGUCGGAGCUCGAUGCAAAAGUUCUGUACACAAAGACCGCCCGUGAAUUGCCAACGUAUGGCGUCACCUUUUUCUUGGUCAAAGAAAAAAUGGUGGGUAAAAACAAACUUGUGCCACGUUUGUUGGGCGUCACAAAAGACUCCGUUCUACGUUUGGACGAACACACAAAAGAAAUUCUCAAGACAUGGCCAUUGACUACGGUUCGCCGUUGGGGAGCAUCACCCAACACAUUCACACUCGAUUUUGGUGACUAUGCAGACGAAUACUAUUCGGUACAAACGACCGAAGCCGAGCAAAUCGUUCAACUCAUUGCCGGCUACAUUGACAUCAUCUUGAAGAAAAAACAAAACAAAGAUCACUUCGGCCUCGAAGGUGACGAGGGCUCGACUAUGGUCGAAGAGAGCGUUGCUCCAUCAAAAGCAACAUUCUUGCAAUGUGAAGAAAAUCGCGUUGGCAAAGCUGUUACUGAAUCCGUGGCCAAGCCAGCGAUUAUCCGCGCCUCUGAUGGUGAAAGACCAUAUGUUCACCAAGAAAUCCAAACGGUUCAAUACGGAGCAUUUAUCGGUCAAGUGAAUAUGGCACAUCAACCACCAACGCUUAAAGAAACACGAAUAAACUCCGUGCAUUCGGAGCCACAGCGUGCAUUGGUUGGCUACAUUUCGGCUGGACGUGAAGCAAUUCGUAUUGCCGAAGAAGAAUUGCUGACCAAGGCGCCACUGCCCGAUAUGCAUUCCAUCGAAUGGCGUGAAAGCAAAUUAGACACAUCAAAGCAUGCGGUCAGCGUUCAUAUUGCUAGCGUGAAUGCGGCUACCGCACAAGUAGUCACCGCAACACAGCCGGAUGAUGUUGAUCAUGAGGUUAUCAGUCAAGCGGUUUCACAAAUUACCGAAAGCAUACCCGAAGUUACGAAAGAGGUGCGCUUACUCGCCGCACUCAUGGACGAUGAUGACAAUAAUGGCAAUAAAUUGUUAGACACAGCACGUCAAUUGUGCAAUGCUUUAAGCGAUUUAUUGAAGGCUGCCGAACCAGAGAGCAAAGAACCACGUCAGAACCUAUUGAAUGCAGCCAGUCGCGUUGGUCAGGCUAGCGGUGACGUUUUGACUACCAUCGGCGAAGAAACGCCAGAAAAUCGAGAAAUCCAUGAUAUGCUCUUAGGUUUGGCUAAAGCUGUCGCAAAUACAACUGCUGCGUUGGUUCUGCGUGCCAAAUCGAUUGCUGCUGAAUGUGACGAUGAUGAAAAACGUAAUCGAGUGAUUGGAUCGGCGAGUCAAUGUGCUUUGGCCGCAUCGCAAUUGGUUGCAUGCGCAAAAGUCGUCGCACCAACGAUUCAAAAUGCCAGUUGCCGAGGUUCACUCGAGGCAGCCGCUCGUGAAGUGGCAAAGAGCGUCUCAAAUUUGGUUGAUGCAUGUAAAUUUGCCAGCGAAAGUCCUCAAUUGAAGGGUGAUUUGAUGGCUGCUGCAAAGGAAGUGUCACGUUCGCUCGGCGAUUUAUUGGACUACCUCAAACAAACAUCAAACGAACGUUUGGCCACCGAUGAUGAGAAUCCAGUUGAAAAAAUUUUAAUCACCACCGAUAAACUGGUUUCAAGCGUUGACACACAAGAAAUGGUGCGACAAGCCCGUGUUCUUGGUCAAGUGACCGCACAAUUGAUUCAAUCGAUCAAAAGUGAAGCGGAACAAGAGAAGGAGCCGGGACAACAGCAUCGUUUGCUGGCUGCUGCUAAGAAAUUGGCCGAUGCUACCGCAAAAAUGGUGGAAGCAGCUCGUUUGUGUGCAAGUAGCCCACAUGAUGCUGGCCAUCAAACCGAACUUCGUAGUGCCGCCGAAGAACUUCGCGAUAUUACCACAUCGAACUCAAAUACACCGGCAAUUAAACGGAAGAUCAUUCAACGUUUGGAGAAUUGUGCUAAAGAUGCCGCUUCAUAUGCAACGCAAUGCAUUUCAGCUUCACACAAUGCAAUCGACUACAGCGAUGACUUCCAAACUAAAGAGCAUUUGAUGCAAGAUUGUCGCAUUGCCACCGAAUAUAUUCCAUCGCUGGUGAACGGCGUUAAAACAUCGAUUGUCAAUCCAAAUGAUUCGAAAUCACAAUUGAAUCUCAUCGAAAUCUCCGAACAAUUUAUCGAUGCCGGCACCAAUGUGGCAUCAUCAGCUCGUGCAUUCUAUCCAACCGUAAAGAAUCACGUUGCAUCACAGACUCUGUCGGACAGUGCCAUGAAUUUGAAUCACUCAAUCAACGAACUCGGCUCGGCCGCAAGACGGGCACGUGAAGCGUGCAGCGGACAGGAACUUGAAUCAGCCAUUGAUUGUGUUAAAAAUCUGUACAAUGUAUUGAACGAUACUCGCACCGCCUAUUUGCACAAAGAACUUCGACCACUUCCAAAUGAAACGUCCGACAAUACAUCGCAACAAUUGACGAAUAGCGCAAAGGCUGUAGCACUUGCCCUCUCGCAAUUGAUUUCAGCCAUCAAUCAAGACGAACGUAUGUAUGCUGGUGUGGCUGGACGAGAUUUGGCAUUGGCACUGGGUGACUUUACAAAGAAUAUCCGUGGCGUUGUCGCCACUGGCGGCAAUGCGGACAUCAUCGAUAAGGCUGAUGAAGUGAUCCGUGGCACACAUCGUGUGAUGGAGGUGGCUCAACAAGCAUUAGACAACGGAGAUAAUGGGCCAACAUUGCAUCAAUAUCAACGUGAUGUCACGAACGCAUUGCAAAGCUGCGUCGAAUGUUUGCCUGGACAACGUGAAGUCGACGAAGCACUGAAGAACGUCAACGAAUUGAGCGAAAUCAUCAACUUAGGUGAAUAUCCACCUACAGACAAAACAUACGGCCAAUUGCAAAACGAACUUAGAACUGCAGCAAAUAACCUGAACGAAGCCAGCGGUGAAGUUGCUAAAGCCUAUUCAAGUCCACCAUGGUUGGCUGUUGUAUCACAAAAUUAUAGCGUCGUUUACAAGGAUUUGCUGUCGUGUGCUCUUGAAAUGGCCGGCCAAACCACCGAUCACAUCGCUCAAACCAACAUCAUGAAUGGAUUGCGCGGUGUUUCAGCCACAUCUGUGUCACUUCUUUCAACCGCAAAAUUAAUUGCCAGCGAUCCACAUCAAGCCAAUGCCAAGGGUCAACUUUCACAAGCAUCGCGUACAGUUACCGAUAGCAUCAACUAUUUGGUAGAUGUUUCCACGCAAGCAGCUCCAUGCCAAAAAGAGUGUGACAAUGCAAUUCGUUCAAUCGAAGCACUUCGCCCAUUGUUGGACAACCCAACCGAACCGAUUAACGAUCAAGGCUACUACGAAUGUGUUGAAAAUGCCACGGAAAAAUCACGUCAAUUGGGCAUCGCCAUUUCAGACACAUGCAAUCAAGCCAAGAAUGCUGACACCGAAUUUGGUCACUCAGUGAAUCAAGUGUCUGAGGCACUUCGCAGUUUGAUUGAAUCGGCUGCACAAGCAAGCUAUCUGAUUGGUGUAUCGCAUCCAACUAGCUCAUCUGGUCGCCCGGGUAUCAUCGAUCAAACGCAACUUUACCGCGCCUACCAAGGCAUUCGUCAGAAUUGCGAUAUUGUCAGCAGUUUGAACACAACCAAACAGCAAAAGAUUACCGCUUUAACGGCCGUUGCCAAACAAACAUCAAUCUUGUGCACCGUUUGCCGUCGUGCUAGCUUGAACACAUCGAAUCCAGUUGCAAAGAAUGAAUUCAUCGAAGGCGCCAAAUCGGUAGCCAACACAACCGCUGACUUAGUUGCUCAAGUGAAAGCAUUGGAAGAUGAAUACAGUGCCCCAUCGCGUGCUCAAUACGUUGAGCCAUUAUUGGAAGCCGUGAAUUCAAUGUGCCAAUAUGCUUCACAACCGGAAUUCAUUUCGAUUCCAGCCAAAAUUUCCGAAGAAGGUUACAGAGCCCAAGAGCCAAUUUUGCAGGCUGGUCGCGGUGUAGUAAAUGGUGUUGUUGAAAUGGUUAAAGCCGUUAAGUCGUUGGCCGUUGCACCAAAAGAUCCAGCCGUUUGGCAACAAUUGUCUCUACGUAGCAAACCAGUAUCAGACAGCGUACGAAAUCUGGUUGACAGUAUUCGUGACAAAGCACCCGGUCAAGCUCAAUGCGACAAUGUCCUCGAAACGAUUAACACUUGUGCCCGCGAAUUGGAUACCGCUUCAAUUUCGAUUGGUGUACAAGGUUUACCAAAACGACAGGACAAUAAUUUGCAAGGUUUCACUAGCCAAAUGCUCAAUGCAUCAGCCGAACUGCUCGACAAACUCGAACCAAUCAAAUCGGCUGCCAAACGCAAUGCAGAAAGUUUGGGACAUGCUGUUACCGAAAUUUCACGUUACAUUGUCCCAUUGACGGAGAGUGCCAUCGGUGCCAGUUCGCACAUCGUUCACUCGAACAAGCAAAUUCUGUUGAUCGACCAAACCAGAUCGGUGGUCGAAAGCUCACGCGAAUUGGUCGAAGUGGCCAGAGAGGCUGGUGGAAAUCCACGUGCAACCCAACUUCACAGUCGACUCGACGAAGCGGUUGAUAAUACACGUGAGAUUAUUCUUGAAUUGAAUACAACCGUUGAGAAAUUGUCCACAGAAAGUGGCAUCGUUAGCGGAUUGUUGGAGCAAAUCUAUCGUGCCAUGUCGCGCAUCACCGACAAACGACAAUCCGUGUUCAAUGCAACGUCAAGCACCAGCUUUGUUGACUAUCAAACCCGAAUGGUACAAAGUGCUAAAGAAAUUGCACGUUUGGCAAAUGAAAUGAACGCAAAGGCUGCACUCGAUCCAUCUAAAUUGGCCCAACCAUCGGUGGAAAUAACUCAUCACUAUACCCAACUUGCUCAGGACUCAAUUGGAGCGUCACAUGUAACAUCAUCAUCUGAUUCGGCUAUGCGUAUCAAGCAAUCGGUUCAAGAUUUGGGUCGUUCGAUUGGUUCAUUGAUUCAAGCCAGCAGCGGUGCUCGAGUUGAUGAUGCAUACUCGCUUAGCGAAAUUUCAUCGUCUGCUCGUAGCGUAUCGGAGAAAGUGGCACAAGUUUUGGCCGCACUUCAAGCCGGAUCAAAGGGAACACAGGCGUGUAUCAAUGCAGCGAAUACGGUGUCAGGAAUUAUUGGUGAUUUGGAUACGACUAUUAUGUUUGCAACGGCCGGCACAUUGCACUCAGACAAUGAUGGCAACUUUGCCGAUCAUCGUGAACACAUUUUGAAAACAGCCAAGGCAUUGGUCGAAGAUACCAAGGUGUUGGUGGCUGGUGCGGCCGGUUCACAAGAACAACUUUCGAAUGCUGCACAAAAUGCCGUUACGACAAUUAUUCAACUAGCGGAUGCUGUGAAACGCGGUGCCUGCAGUUUGGGCUCGAAUCAACCUGAAUCUCAAGUGAUGGUCAUUAAUGCCGUGAAAGAUGUUGCAUCGGCUCUCGGUGAAUUGAUCAACACAACGAAGACCGCAUCUGGAAAAUCAGUCAACGAUCCAUGCAUGCAGGAUCUUAAAGAAAGUGCACGGGUUUUAGUGGUUAUGGUAUCCGGUUUGUUAAAAACCGUAAAAUCUGUUGAAGACGAACACACACGUGGAACACGUGCCAUGGAGGCCUCUGUCGAAGCGAUUUCACAAGAGAUUCGGAUGAUUAAAUCGCCACUUUUGGCUGGUACACCACCAAAUUCACCCGAAGAUUUGAUUCGCGUCACACGAAAUGUUACAUUGGCAACUGCCAAAGCAGUUGCGGCCGGUGCAUCGAAUUUGCAAGAUGAUAUUGUAGCAGCGGCCAAUUUGGGUCGUCGUUCCAUUUCGGAAAUGUUAGCCGUUUGUCGAUCGGUUGCUUGGAAUUGUGCUGAAACGCCCGAUUUGCGUCAAAGAACAUUGGACGCGGGCGCUGCCGUUGCCACAUCAUACAAAGAAUUGCUGGUGGGUGUAUUGCGCGGAUGCCAUGCCGAUGAACGUAUGCAUUUAUCGAGACAAGUUGCAAAAUAUGUUACCGAUCUAGUUGCAAUGGCACAAUUGCUGAAGGGCUCUGAUUGGGUUGAUCCAGAAGAUCCAACGGUUAUCGCUGAAAAUGAACUGCUGGGCGCAGCUGCAUCGAUCGAUGCGGCCGCUAGAAAAUUGGCCAAUCUUCGACCACGUCGACAACUUGAAGCAAAGGAAGCCGAUUACAAUUUGCAAUUCGAUGAGAUGAUUUUGGAGGCAGCGCGCGGUAUAAUGGCUGCAUCAUCAGCAUUGGUUCGUGCAGCAAAUGCAGCCCAAAGAGAACUGAUUGAUCAAGGAAAAGUGGCUCGUUCGCCGCAUAUUUCCUCAGAUGAUGGUCAAUGGUCGGAAGGUCUUAUCUCGGCUGCGCGCUUAGUAGCCGCUGCCACACAUAGCUUAGUCGAAGCCGCCCAAAAUCUUGUACAAGGUUUGGGUACCGAAGAAGUGCUCAUAUCAUCGGCUAAACAAGUGGCCGCCUCAACUGCUCAGCUCUUGAUUGCCUGCAAAGUGCGAUCGGAUCCAAAUUCCGAAACGGGCCGUCGUUUGCAAUCGGCCGGUAAUGCUGUUAUCAAAUCAACGGAUAAUUUGGUACGAGCCGCCCAGCAAGCGCUCGACAUGGAAGAAGAGCAUAUUCUAAAGAUUAACACGAGCAUGGUUGAUGGCAUGGCACAAGAAAUCAAUGCACGAUCAGAAGUUAUCAAAAUGGAGAAGCAAUUGGAAGAAGCCCGGAAUAAAUUGUGCGCCAUUCGACAGGCAAAGUAUCGUCACCGAAAUGCCAUUGGCUUCGAAGAUAGUGAUCAAGAGGAUUACGUUCCACCACCACCGCCACCAUUGCCAUCAAACUAUCAAGUAUACAACAAUAACCGAUUCAAUGAUUCAGCAAACAGCAGUAGCCUGUACAGUAGUUUCAAUAGGCAACAACAGUUGCCGCCACCACCACCGCCAGCACAAAUGCCGCCCGAAGUUCCAUCGCGGUUCAAUCGAUCCGUUUUAACUGGAAAUGCCACACCACGUCCAUAUCACUCAGACACAUCAUACGGAACGCCCGUGUCACCAUUGCUAACAUCCACAUUUCGAAGCGGUCACGGCGAUAAAAACAAACAACUAGAGGCGUGUGUGCAGGAUUUGCACGAGAAAACAUUUGGCAAAAGUGGCGUGGUUCCAUUGAGCACAUUCAAAUCACACGCAAGCGAAUCGAACCAGAAUGAUCAAUCAAAAACAGAGCAAACCUAUGAAGGUUUUACAACAAGAUAUGAAACCAAAUGCUUCCAAAGAAAUUUAUCGCCGAACGUUCAAAUGGAGUUGCCGACAGAAAACCUGUCCCAAUUGUCUUUAAAUAGCGGCAUUACCAAAUCAGUAUCUACCAUGGCUAGUUCAACGAGUAUCAAACGCGUAACCGGAAGCCAAAAAGUAACAACAUCUUUUAAUUCCAUUGAGCGAAAGAACUAAAAACACUGUUUAUUUUAUUAUCAUCAUCAUCAUCAUCAACAGCUAAUCGAGUUGUUUUUAUUAUUCUUCUUCUUUUAAAAUCAACAUACACACACAACGCAAAGCGAUGAAAUCAAACACUAGAAACGAAAACGAACAAUUUUUCUGAAUAAUUAAUACAAAAAAAAAAAUAAAA